AUGAAACUUCAUAGACCAUUAUCACAUGUAAAACAAAGUGAUCAUAAUAUGCCGACAAUUUCUCAGAAGACAAUGGAUACUAAAUUUAUUGUAGUACUUUUUUGUGUUGAAACUGGAGCUUGGGGUUUUAAUAGUAUUCAUUUUAUUUAUUAUUAUGCUUCUGCAAUAAAAUUAUUAGUUUUAUUAACACUUGCAUUGCAUACACUUUUAAUGGUUAUUAUCUAUGAACGUGAUUAUAUAAAUAUAAAACAUUGUAAUGAAAACAGUCGUUUAAUACGUGGAGAAAAUCUUUUUACUUAUGUUGUUCUUACGCGACAAGCUGAACAUAUAGCACCAUCGGAAGACUCGACUCUUAUUACAAAACAAAAUUUAUCACCAGCUGAAAGUUUUGAAACUGUUAAUCAAGAAUUUAUAAAAGAGUUUAUUUAA